AUGGAGGCACAGCUGCAAUCAAAGGGCGGCAAGGAGAGAACGACCACCGUCCAUUUGGAUGAGCAGGAGAAGCUGGUGUACGUCAAAAAGUCGGGCUUUGAUGGUAAGAAGCAUGCAAGCUCAGUGGAUUCCAUGCGAAAGGGAGCGGCAAACCCACCUUCACUUGAGGAGUCACCGUCGCCGGUAACACCGGGGGUGCCAAAGAAGCCCUCAACACGACUUCGACUUCUAGGAGGUUCCGUGGCCACGCGCACGGAGCGGCUUUCCAGCUUCUCUCAGGGAGCUGUGAGGAUCGCCCGAGAUGCAGCGUCAAGCUUGCGACCUCGGUUCUUCAGCAACAGAGAGGCUGGCUCCGUGAAAGAUGACGGCCCCGAGCUCGAGGACGUAGAGAUGGAGGAGGCGCUGAUGCCCGUGGAAGCCAUUGACAGCUCCGCUUUGCCCUACCAGGCGACUGCCGAAACCGGCGAGCCUGCUUGGCAAGAGGAGCAGCGGAAACUCCAAGAAGCUUUGGUGCUCCUAAGGUCGGGCGCCGAGCUUGAGCCCUCUGCGCAGCAGGUGGUCCAGACAAAGGAAAUGCAAGGCGAGCUCGCGAGCCGCAACCUCUGUGACAAGCAAGCCCUGGCUUUCUGCCUGAUCUUCAAGCUAGGCUCUUUAGACAAUGCCUUCGCAUACUUGAACUGCUUCGGAUCCGGCAACUUUGCCAAAGUGACCUGGGAAACGGCUCUGCUGGUACUUCACAUUGAGGUGUUCAAUCUCACCGGCUUGAGUCGACACCAGAUCUUCCGCGACAUGAGCGAAGGCAGCGACCAGGUAACGAAGGAGCUCUGGGAUCAGUACUUCACCGGUGUCGACGUCGAGGACGCUCGCGACGGUCGGAAGGCUCGUGAGCAGAAGAGCAAAAGCAAGCCUCGAGCGUCGCCUCCGCGAGCACCGCGCCCGGAGCCCUCGGAGGAGCCGCUUCCGAAGGAGGUCGUGGCUGCACCAAAGGAGGUCGUGGAGGAGGUGCUUCCCACGCCUCCGGCUCCGCCUGCGGCCGAAGACAAGGGCGAAGGCGAAAACUCCACCGAGCCCGGUGAGGAGGAGGCGACACAGGUACCACCUCCUCAACCUCCUCGCAAGGCCUCCCACGACGGCAAGAUGCGCCGUGCGGUGCAGGCGACCAUGGCUGCGCGUCGAUUGCAGAAGAAGCCUGGAAAAGGCAGCGCUGGAGCUGAGGAGCCGGAGAAGGAAAGAUCCGACAAGCCUCGCAAGAAAACGCGCCGGUUGAGCAACGAAAAGUUCGCAACAGAAGAUACCAGCGUCGUGGAGGAGAAAGAGGAUGAUGAGGCAUUCAUUGCCCGGGUGACGAAAAUCCUGGAGGAUCUUCCUCUCGAUACGGAAGCCAUGAUCGAGUGCAGUUCGCGGCAUCAAAAGUCGAUGCUGCUGGAAGCUGCUAGAGAGCGCGACUACUUCGCCACGGCAUGGCGUUCAGGUGUUCUUGUUGCCAACGAGGGCGAAGAAGCUCGAAGGCUUCGAGCGGCGGUUUCGGAGGUGGGUUGUGGUUUUACAAAGCUGAAAGCUCCCAAGCUGCUGGAAUCGUUUGGCCGCUCUCUCACGGAGGAUGCUGGCAUGACGGUGCUGGAGACAGAAGACUGCUUCGAGGGGGACAAAGCCGCAGUGCUCAUGGAUGUGCUCCAAGAUCGAGGCACCCAGGAGGAAUUGGAGAACGGUGCAGAGGAGCUUCUGUCCGGCCUGGCAGACAACGAGAUCAAGUCCUUCGCUUUGGCUGCACAGUCUCAAUUUCGGGCAGCCCUCAUCAAGGUUGCUACAGCGAAAGGCAUGGAGAUCGCCACGGCAGGCGAUGGACACAUCCAGGUUGGAAAGCUGAAGCUCUUCGACGCAAGCGUGCAGGAGACCAUCAAGGCUCUCCAAGAGGGCGACAGCCACAACUUUGGCUUCCUACCGAAUCUCAAAAAGCAGGUCGUCAGGAGGCGAGGUCAAGAAGAAGGCCUGAUGGUGGACGACACUGAAAACAUGGUGCGCAUCCAGCGGCCAACAAUGUCGCCCACCUUCAUCGACAAGGCUUCGGCGUUGGAAGAGCUCCGGAGAGUCACAGAUGCGGUCUUCAAGAGCUGUGCCACGGGCAGGCUGGCACAUCAGAUCUUCAUGCGGCGUCAAGAUUUGGUGAAGCUCUUCGACGAGGAGCUGGCUGAGCGCAACGAUUUCCGCACAAGUGUGGAUCGAGUGUACGACGACACCUUGCAGCUUCAACUGGACAUCCUCGGACAGAACUAUGGUCUCUCGAAGGAAUACUUUCAGGUCUUUCUGACGAAAGCCUCCAACGAGCUUGGGUGGCGACCGAAUAUGGACGCAUUGUUGGCCUUGGAAAAAGCCAUUGAGGAGAAGGACGACGAGGAGCAAGCGCUGGAAUCUGAUCACGAGGAGGAGCUCUCUUGA